UGGUGCUUUCUGCAUCGCCAUUCGAUUUGCUUCUUCCUAUCCACCAGAGGAGACCAGAAGAGGCGUCGUCGCCGUCGCCGUCGCCGGCCGAUCAACCGCGCGCCCGCACACCAACGAGAGCCAGCAAACAAAGAAUCUCAGUAAAGAAUCGGCAUGAGCUCCCUCUGCCCGUUCGCGAAGGCCACCACCGGCGGCGUGUGCCCCAUGAAGUCCGACAAGAAGCCCGACAAGAACGGCGGCGGCGCGUGCCCGGUGACCGGCAAGAGCCACGACAAGGAAAGCGGCGCCGAAGACCCUCGGCUGGUGCCCGCCAAGUGCCCCUUCGGCUACGACUCCAACACCUUCAAGCUCGGGCCGCUCAGCUGCAUGGUCUGCCAGGCGCUGCUCCACGACGCCAGCAAGUGCAAGCCGUGCCUGCACAAGUUCUGCAAGGCGUGCAUAUCGCGCUUCAAGGACUGCCCAUUGUGUGGUGCCGACGUAGAGGGGAUCGAGCCCGACACCGAGCUCCAGGUCCUUGUCGACCGCUUCAUCGACGGCCAUGCCCGGAUCAAGAGGUCCCUUGCUGGAGGGGACGGGGAGGCAGCGGGGGGCAAGGGCAAGGUGAUAUAUGAGGAUGUCUCCAUGGAGAGGGGUGCCUUUCUGGUGCAGCAGGCUAUGAGGGCUUUUCGCGCACAGAACAUUGAGAGUGCAAAGUCAAGGCUCAGCAUGUGUGCAGAAGACAUCAGGGAGGAGUUGAAAUCUUCACAAGACAACCUAGACCUAUGUUCUCAGCUUGGGGCGGUAUUGGGAAUGCUUGGGGAUUGCUGUCGAACCUUGGGAGAUGCUCCUUCAGCGAUCACUUACUAUGAAGAAAGUGCCGAGUUUCUCUCGAAAUUGCCCACAAAGGAUCUUGAGUUGGUCCAUACGCUCUCGGUUUCACUUAAUAAAGUUGGAGACCUUCGCUACUAUGACGGGGACCUUCAAUCUGCAAGAAGUUAUUAUGCUCGUUCAUUAGAAGUUCGCAGAAAUUCAGUAAAGGAACACUCAGCUGUGGCCUCCCAGGUCAUCGAUGUAGCAACUUCUCUAGCCAAAGUUGCGGAUGUUGACAGAAAUCUCGGCAACGAAGAAGCGGCUGUCGAGGGUUUCGAGGAAGCAAUUAAGUGCCUUGAGAAGUUGAAGCUGGAUUCUGAGCAGGCUAGUCUGGAACAACGGCGCCGCUCGGUUCUUGACUUCCUGCAGAAACAGUUGGGUGGCAAGUAAGAUAUUCCCACGCGACGGGGUUCAACUGCAGCGUUGUUGUGAUGCAUAUAGAAAUGGUGCCCCGUGUGUAUACUCGUGCACUGUAAAUGUAAUCUUGUGACACAGGACCCGGGCAGAGAUGGCAACGACCCAGUGUUCAGGUUUUCUGGUGUAUAUGAUUGAGUGGUCAUGUUCUCAGAAUCUCAGAUACGGCAGCUACGCGUACCUGAACGGGCCAGGCCAAACUAAGCAGCGUUGUACUUGUAAUAGUAGUUUUCUUCCGACUGUUUCUUAUUGUUCAACAUAAGAAAAAAGUUGAUCCAUAAUGGAUUCUCGAGAAAUGAUUCUUGGAUAUUUCAGAACUUCGGAAUUAUUUUGGCAGUGAUGUAGGUUAAACUUAUUUUUUUGUGCUUAAACAACUUUAAUUGAUGAGUACACGUUCAUGGGUAAGUAUUAUUUUGUUCAA